ACUCGACCACACUCACUGAGGGACCUCUACGCAACUUUGAGAUCUCAGUAAAACUGCUUUAUUGACUGCACUGUGCAUCUGGGAAGCACCUGCCAUGCCUGCAUCGACUGAGUACCCUCCGUUUAGACUCGGCGAGUCUCGGUUUGAUCAGGGUUCAUUUUAUGGCAGAUUAAGACACUUCCUGGAUGUGAUCGACCCUCGCACGCUCUUUGUUUCAGAGAAACGUUUAAAUGAAUGUAUGAAUCUCUUGGAUCAGUUCAAAAAUGGAUCUCUGCCUCCAGGUGUGACUAAUGUGCAGCUUUGGGAGGCACAGAAGAUUAAACAGGCCAUCAUCCAUCCAGACACAGGAGAGAAGAUCCCCAUGCCCUUUCGCAUGUCAGGUUUUGUGCCCUUUGGUACUCCAGUGGUUGUGGGCCUCCUUUUACCCAAUCAGACAUUUGCUUCCACCAUCUUCUGGCAGUGGCUGAACCAGAGCCACAACGCCUGUGUCAACUACUGCAACCGUAAUGCAACUAAGCCCAUGCCAAUGUCAAAGUUUUUCCAGGGUUACCUUGGUGCAGUCAGCAGUGCCGUUACUAUUGCGGUGGGGCUGAAUCUUCUUAUUAAAAGAGCUGAGCAUUUCAGUCCAGCUACAAGAAUCCUGGUCCAAAGGUUCAUCCCAUUCCCUGCCGUUGCAAGUGCCAACGUGUGUAAUGUUUUGCUGAUGCGCCACACUGAGCUGUCAGAGGGUAUCAGCGUACUAGACGACAAAGGCAAUGUGGUGGGCACCUCAAAGCUGGCUGCCAGGCAUGCUCUGAUGGAGACAUCACUGACACGUGUUGUGCUGCCCAUGCCUGUUCUCUUGCUGCCACCUUUAAUAAUGGCCAUGCUGGAGAGGCUCCCUCUGCUGCAGAAGCACUCUCAUCUCGGGCUGCCUGUUCACAGCAUGGUGUGUCUCUGCGCGUUCGGCCUAGCGCUGCCUGUUGCCAUCAGCCUGUUCCCCCAAAACAGUCAGAUCCACGUGUCAGAGCUAGAGCCAGAGAUCGCUGCUGCAACAGAGUGCAAGAUCCUGACCUACAACAAGGGUCUUUAACCAGUCAAAAUGCAUUCCUGCUGUGUGUGAAUGUGAAUCCUCUCUCAGCCACACACAGAGACAGACUCACACCAGCGCUAAUCAUCCUCUUUCCAUGUACUUGAAUGUGGAAGUUGCAAAUAGAGGAUUUCAGGAUAUUUACAGCAGUGAAAACAAGUGUUCUUUUGACAUACUUUAAAUUUACAUAAUUAUCAGCCUUCCCAUUCAAACAGUUUUGUAUUAAAUGACUACAAAUCACAGAAAAAUAAAUGUUUACAAAGUAAUUGUUUUAAAACAAUAAAUAAA